AUGCACUCGGAUGUCUUGGACAUCCUUAAGGUGUCAGACCUGCCGCAUCUUCGAUAUCUUCGAUUGUUCCUGUCCUUCAACGUCUCACCCUCAGCUAUCGAGGAGCUGUUUCCUCUGCUCUCAAGACUUGACGAAUUUAGCAUUCGUAGCAAUUGGUAUCGCGAACUCGACUCACAAGGACAGCAUUUCCUUACCUACACAUCCUGGAAACUCAAGAGACUCGCCAUCGACCACGCCCAGAUCCAGUACUUUCUGAAGCAUUUCCCGUCUCUGGAGGAGUUGACCUUCAAGCGCCUAAUGGUCAAGUGGAUUUGUCUUGGGGAGAGUUUCGGAGAAGGGAUGCUGUUGCAGCUCUUGGACAUGCCCAGACUCAAGACUAUUACUGUGAGCGGAAUCAGGGGCACGGAUGCGGUUGAGUACAGGACUGAGGACGCUAUGGGGUUGGAAGCUCUUUGGAGGAAGGCGAUCGUGGCGAAAAUAGAGGAUGAGAGAGGAUUGAGAUGA